CUGGCCCCGGUGUGGGGAGGGCGGUGCGGGGAGGGCGGGUCUCCCCCUGUAUGUUCCGGCGGGGGGGGGACAACCUUCCUUCUUGUGGUCAGUGGAUGUGGACUGCUGCGCGGACCGGGCUGUCAGCUGAGUCUCCUUCUCCCAUAGAAUAGAUAUGGGUCUUCCAAGUAUAUGUCUUGUGCUCCCUCUACUCUUUCUGGCUGCAGAGGCCAUACAAAAGCGACAGUCACGAGAACAAACCGAAGCAGAAAAUCAACUAAGAGAAGCCUGCCGCAACAAGCCUCUGGAUCUCGUCUUCAUCAUUGACAGCUCCAGAAGUGUCCGCCCCUAUGACUUUGAAAUCGUAAAAGAAUUUCUCAUCACAAUGUUAAAAUAUCUUGAUAUUGGCCAAGACACAACUAGGGUGGGCUUGAUACAAUAUGGCAGCACAAUAAAAAAUGAAUUCUCUCUGAAAACAUACAAAAAAAAGUCUGACAUUGAACGUGCCGUCAAGAGAAUGAUGCACCUUGCCACAGGCACCAUGACCGGACUGGCCAUUCAAUUUGCCAUGAACAUUGCAUUUUCUGAGGCCGAGGGGGCACGUCCCGCAGACAUGUAUGUGCCCAGAAUUGUCAUGAUAGUGACUGAUGGUCGACCUCAGGAUCCUGUAGCUGAAAUCUCUGCGAAGGCCAGAAAUUCUGGAAUCUUGAUAUUUGCACUUGGAGUUGGCCGAGUGGACAUGCAAACCUUAAAAUCUAUUGGAAGUGAGCCUCACGAUGAACAUGUCUUCUUGGUGGCCAAUUUCAGCCAGAUUGAAACGCUGACGUCUGUGUUCCAGAACAAGCUUUGCGCUCCUCAUCUCUGCUCUACUACCAAACAUGGAUGUGACCACUUUUGUAUCAAUACUCCAGGCUCAUAUUUAUGUAGAUGCAAGCAAGGAUAUGUCUUAAAUCCUGAUGAGAAGACCUGCAGAACUGAGGACUUAUGUGCUACAGAGAAACAUGGAUGUGAACAGAUCUGUGUCAAUACUCUGGGAUCCUAUUUCUGCCAAUGCCAUGAGGCGUAUAAGUUGGCCAGAGAUGGCAAGUCUUGCAUUGUUGUGGAUUAUUGCGCUCUGGGUACCCACGGUUGUCAGCACGAGUGUCUUAAUGCUAACAACUCUUAUGUCUGUCAGUGCCGGCCUGGCUUUAUUCUGAACCCGGAUAAGAAGACUUGUCAGAGACCUGAUUACUGUGCGCUGUCUAAUCCCGGCUGCCAACACCAGUGCGUAAAUACCGACGAUUCCUAUCAUUGUAGAUGUCGCCCCGGAUUCUCACUCAAUGCUGACAAGAAAACUUGCACAAAGAUUAACUACUGCACGCAGGGCGACCAUGGAUGCGAACACGAAUGUGUCACCGGCGACACCUCAUUUGUAUGUAAAUGUCGUAAAGGCUACGCUCUGAAUCGCAACGGGAAAACCUGCAGAAAAGUGGAUCAUUGCUCUGAAUCCAACCAUGGAUGCCAGCAGAUCUGCACAAACACCGAGGAGUCAUAUAAGUGCCAGUGCUACGAAGGAUUUGUAUUGACUGCCGAUAAGAAGACCUGUAGAGCUAUAGACCACUGCGCUGCGAGCGAUCAUGGCUGUGAGCACUUGUGUAUUAACGCAGAAGGGUCUUACAUGUGUCAGUGCUUCGAAGGAUAUUUUCUUCGGGAUGAUAAGAAGUCCUGUCAGAGUAAAGAUGUCUGCAAGACCACAGAGCACGGAUGUGAGCAUCUCUGUGUAAAUAAUGAAGACUCGUACAUCUGCCAAUGCUUUGAAGGAUACAUAGUGGCGGACGAUGGCAAAAAAUGCAAAAAGUGUGGAGAAGGCCCAGUCGACUUGGUGUUCAUCAUCGAUGGAUCCAAAAGCCUUGGAGAAGACAAUUUUGAGCUCGUAAAGCAGUUUGUCAAUGGGAUCCUAGACUCCUUGGAGAUCUCGCAGAAAGCUGCCCGUGUAGGCCUGGUGCAAUACUCCACACACGUCCGCACAGAAUUCACGAUGGCUCAGUACAGCUCAGCCAAGGACAUGAAGAAAGCUGUGUCCUUGAUGAAGUACAUGGGCAGAGGAUCCAUGACUGGACUGGCCCUGAAGCUCAUGUAUGAGAAAAGCUUCUCAGAGGCUCAGGGUGCGCGAAGACGGUCUCUGGGCGUGCCGAGGGUGGCCAUUGUGUUCACUGAUGGACGAGCACAAGAUGAGGUUGCGGACUGGGCCAGCCGGGCUAAGCAAAGUGGCAUCACCAUCUAUGCAGUCGGGGUGGGCAAGGCCAUUGAUGAAGAAUUACGGGAAAUUGCCUCCUCGCCGGAAGAGAAGCACGUUAUUCACGCCGACGACUUCAGCUCCAUGGGAUACAUCACUGAGAAAUUAAAGUCCAGCAUCUGCGAUGGUUGGAGCAAUUGGAAAACGACUACCGACCUCUCCAACCAAGAAUUUACCUCCGAACUAAAAGGAGAGAACAGUGAGAUCACAGUGUCCUGUUCAAUGUCUGCUGUCAAGUUCACAACUCAAGCAGAAGAAAAAGGCAACGAGGAACAAUGCCAGUGUAAGAAUAUUAUGGAGUUUCAAUAUAAUUCAAAUGAAGAAGUCAGACGACUAACUCAACAAUUAGAGCAGAUCACACGACGGAUGCAGGAACUGGAGAAUCGCGUGGGGCAAAGAUAGCAGAUCGGACACGGACUGCGCAGAGGAUAUAACCAUCAGUUCUUCUUUAGUAAGAAGCAAACCGAGCGAUCGACCGGCUGGACAUCAGCAAUAUGUAUAAAGAACAGAAAUGCCUUAUUUAUAUUGUUUGACAACCGCAUGUAUGAAUACAGAGUAUAUAUAUACAUAGACAGAGCAUUUGUGUCAGUUAUCUGAGGACUUUAAGUGUAAAAAUUCUUUUGGAAACAAAACAAGAAAAAUUAAAAAAAAAAAAUUAAAAAUAAAAGAGCGGAGGACCAAGUCUAGUUUUGUACUUUCAAGAUUUUAAGCUCAAAGUCAAAUUGUUUUACACAAUAUAAAUAAUAAAUGGUAAAGUAUUUGUAAUAAGCGUG